AUGGCGUAUGUAAAACUUGACCUGAGCCUCGCCCACCGUUCAGGCGCAUCGGACGCCAAGGCGACCGCCAGGCUGCCACAUAAGAUGAUAGAUUCGAGUGGAGAGGCUCCGAGAGAAACGAACAAGAAACCGAGCAAACGGACGGGUCGUUUCCGAGAGGGGCCGCGGCAUGGUCUCACGCCCAGUGCCCUUGCCACGCCUUGGCAGGAUCGAUUGGACCAACUGGGCUCAGGGAUUCAGUCCAUCAAUGAGACCCUUAUCAGUGGCUGA